AUGGAGAAGUUCUUGAGGGACUGGCGCCAGGAUGCGCUGAAUAAACACCAGUACGACUCGGCCAUCUUCAUUGGAGACAAGCUGUUGGCGUUGACCCAAAACGACAAGGACGCAUUCUGGCUCGCGCAAGUCCAUUUCUCCACCGGCAACUACACUCGAGCCCAGAGCUUCCUCUCCAAGCAAGACCUCAUCGCUCGAAAUCCCUCCUGUCGCUACCUAGCUGGACACUGCUUCAUCAAGCAAAACAGAUUCGACGAAGCGCUCAAUGUGCUCGGCGAGAAGAAUCCCACCCACCUGAGCAACAACGCGAGCAACAGUCGAAGGAAACUCCAACACACAAGUGGACACGGAAGAGCAGCAUCACAUCAUGGCAAGGGGAUAUCCAGAGCAGACAACCAAGUGAGACGUGAGGAGGGCGCUCCGGAUGAAGCUGCAAACGUCCGUUUCGAGGCUGCGAUGUGUUUCUUGAGAGGACUUUGCUACGCCAAGCAAAACGCAUUCGAUCGCGCAAAGGAAUGCUACAAGGAUGCGGUCCGGAUAGAUGUACAAUGCUUCGAGGCAUUCGAACAACUCAUGAAGAAUUGUUUGAUGUCACCCGAUGAGGAAUGGGAAUUCUUGGACUCUCUGGACUUCGACGCCAUCUCGGUUACCGACGACGCCUCGUCCUCCCAAGAAGCCGCUGAGUUCACGAAGAUGCUGUACACAACUCGUUUGUCCAAGUACAAGAAUCCCACCGCUUUCACCACCGCAACCGAAACGCUCUCGACACACUACAAUCUUGCCACGAACCCAGAUCUCCUCCUUUCGAAAGCAGACCUUCUUUUCACACAAUGCAGAUUCAAAGAGGCCUUGGCGAUCACCAAUUCAAUUCUCCAGGAAGACAAAUACAACUUCAGUAUAUAUCCCCUUCAUCUUGCGUGCUUAUACGAACUUCAGCUCAAGAACGCUCUCUUUCUCAUCUCCCACGACUUGGCAGACAACCACCCGGAAGAACCAUGCACAUGGCUGGCGGUGGGUGUGUAUUACCUGGCUAUCAACAAAGUGGCAGAAGCCCGGCGAUAUUUCAGCAAGGCAAGCAUGAUGGAUCCACAUUUCGGGCCUGCGUGGAUUGGUUUUGCGCACACUUUCGCAGCUGAAGGAGAACAUGACCAAGCGAUAUCAGCAUACUCCACUGCUGCUCGACUUUUCAUGGGCACGCAUCUGCCACCCCUCUUCUUGGGCAUGCAAAACCACAUGCUGAACAACAUGACGCUUGCAGACGAGUUCCUCAAGACUGCUUACGGGCUGUGCAAAACUGAUCCGCUGCUCUUGAAUGAAAUGGGCGUUGUUUUCUAUCACCAAGAACGACUCGAAGAAGCUGUUGCCAUGUUCACUAAGGCUCUGGAGAUUGCUGAAGAGAUAGACAGCGACCCGUCGGCAUGGAUCUCGACUCGAGCGAACCUCGGACAUGCAUUUCGAAGGUUGCAGCAAUGGGAUCUGGCACUCUCGGAGUUUGACGAGGUUCUGAGGCAAGGAGGGAAAGACCCUUCGAUAUUUUGUGCCAAGGGGCUUGUUUUGAUGGAGCAGCGAAAACCCUUUGAAGCGGUGCAUGUGUUUCACGAGGCGCUGGCGAUAUCACCACAAGAUGCGAUCGCCACUGAAUUGCUGAACAAGGCUUUAGAGGAGACUGCUGGCAGUGGAGAGAAUGGGGUUGAUGAUCUCGAAGAUGAUGACGAGUUUGAAAGGGAUCUGACGAUGAAGAAGGCCGAGGCUAGCCGGUACCUCGCGAGCAAGAGAGCUGGCAAAGGGAAGGAGAAGUUCAGGCCGAGGAUGAGCAGUGGCAUUGGUUUAGACGGAAACAGCCUCAUGGAGUUGAGCGACGAUGAUUGA